AUGACGGACUCUGCAUCCAGCUCUGACGUCUCAUAUCGCCAGAGCUUGAACCAGGCGCUGCAUGCUUCGAGCAUCCUCACAGGCGCUCACGAUGACGAGCUCGGCAUCCAAAAGAGCGCAAAGAGCACCAAGCUCGGAGCUCAACAUCAGCAGCAGAACCAAGACGCUCUCAACGCAACAUUGAGCGAUCGUCUGCGCCACGCAAUUGCCGCUUGCACCGAGCUCUCGUCCUUCCGGCUCCACUCGGAUCCUCAAGCGGCCACAGGCGAUCUAGCUCUGCGGCUGCUUUCCAUCAUCCAUGCGGGCUUGCUUGAGAAGAAGAAGGAUGUCGGCUCGCGAGUCGCCGUGCAAGAUGGCCGCCAGUCAGGCUUCAAGCGUAAAGGUGUUCAAGCUACGGAAGACGUUGGGCUUGGCAUUAAGGAUGUGAGGCUCGUCACGACCUUGCAGUCGCUAGCCUGCAAAUGGGCUCUUUCGACUCGCAUCAAGUCAUUCGAUCAGUCUCUGUUCUCAAUGACGCCAAAGAGCUUUUCUUCGGCUCAAGACAAGGCUCGUUCGAGCAAGCUUACACCCGACAAUCGCUUCCAAGAGAUCGACGAGGACGCCGAAGUGCGAGAACGAUCCCAGGCGAGGCACGCUUUCUGUACGGCUCGGACCGAUCUUUUCAGCGUGGUCGAAAGCUUCAUGGACAUCUUCAGCACGCAAGGUCAGACCUCGGCAGCGCGCGGGACUGCUUCUACUCCAACGGACGUUGUCAUGGUCAUGCUGCGCGUUGGCAUCGUCGACUACCUCUCAUCGCUUCUGCGGUUGGGCUUCGGACCUAGCAUCAGCUCGGCGCCCCCUUCGACGACCACACCGGCCAAAGAUGCGAUUCAAAAGCGCACGUCGACAGCAACCACGCAAUUGCUUCGAUUCCUGUCAACACACUCUGCCAUGUCUGCCCUGUCCUCGGUGAUUGCGCACUCGGAUGCGAAGCUGGGCGCGCCUUCCUUCGUCAAAGCGGUCUCAUCGCGUCUGUUGAGCGCUCAGCUUCUCCGAUCCGAGGGGGUGCGCUCGCUCUUCAUCAUCACAUUUGGCGGUGCAGACGCGGCCGAGACCGCUGAGCUCGGCGGCAAAGACGAAGGCACAGGCACCGCUGCACCGGGUACCAACUCGCUCAAAAGAUUCGAGCAAUGUGCUCGGCUCCUCUUGACGCCGCCACAGGGCAUGCCCAUCGACGUGUAUCUGCCUAUCAUCCUGCCAAACCUUCUCGACAUUCUGGCGCCCGAUCUCAGCACAUCCUCGAACAUCACUCCGCCGCCGCAGGAACAAAUGAGGGCGGCUGGCUUUGUCCUCACUCGAAUCUCAGAACGACACCCGAAACUCUUCUCCCAGACCAUGCACGAUCGGGUCUACUCCAAGUUCCGUCCGUCGAUGCAAGCAGCGGUGGAAACGCAGCAGACGAGGUCGUCUGCCGAGACGCAGUCCGCGUCGACAGUCGUAGUGUCAGCAGCGGAUCUGGAAAGCGCCAUCUCGACCUUGUCCAGCUUCUUGCUCUUCUCAGAACCCUCGCCGACUUUUUUCACGACCUUGUUCGAGCCCAUCUUACCGCAGCUCCUGACGCUGUACAACUUCGUCCACGCUAAGCAAGGCGGCACUGGCAAGGGCAAGGUCAGAUCGCUCGAGUCUGGCGGUCACGCCGACAGGCUCAAGGCUGAAGUGUCCAACUUCCUCAAAACGUGGGUGCGCCUUGUCGACGCCAAACACGGCGCUCAGUCUCUCAUCCAGUCGGUCCAAACAGCCGAGAAGGGUAUCGGAUACCGGAUCAACGGAGAUGUCGAGAACGCGCGAGGUGACUUCUUCUGGAGCGAGGAACCGGAAGGCGUCUCUGUACGCUAUGGUCAGCGGCCCGAUCAGGACGACCAAGACAUCUCGACACUGCUCAAGGACCUCAGCAUAGCCGCACUCGCCAAACAGAUCAGCACAGGCGACAACAACGAGCUCGACCUGACCAAGAUCGCGCCAGACCUCUCGGCCAAGCUGGGUCUGCAGCCGGAUCCACGCCUGCUCGCGAUGCUGUUGAAGGGCGCAGAUCGUAAGGAUCUGGCUCGUCAUCUGCUACCCUCUUUCUUGAACGUCUACAUGGCGAUAAAGGCGACUUCGAGGGCGCAGGUGGUCGGAGCAGAGGAUGAGUCCGGCUCGGAGACCAGGUCGGUGCUGUACCUGCAGCUGAUCUUGCAGCUUCUAGAGGCAUUUGGAUCCGAUCUGCUCCAAGGCGAUGUCCCUGCGACGCUCGCUUUCAUCGACUUUUCCCUCUCAUCACCGAGCCAGCGCCAGGCACCACCACAAAUGCUGCAGGACAAAGCUGCACCAAACGAUGAAAACAACACCGAGAUACCAUUCAUCUCGGCUAAGCCGUCGAAUCCGCCAGGCUCCAUGCCCUCGCUCUUCGACGUGGCUGGCAAACAACAAGCUGGCAUAUCCAGUCUGGAGGAAGGAAAUGAAGCGAACACGUCCAAAACGGCAGAAGACAAUGAGCCAACGGGAGACGACGAGGAUGAAGAGGAGCUCGUCACGACCGCGCUCAGCCUGCUCCUCUCGCUGCUCGAGUCAGACACCUCACUCUCCAGCGAGACGCAGCCCAUGCUCCUUGUCAUUGCGGACAAGAUCGAGUCUCUGCUCGAUAGCCCCUCCGCUGAGAUCCGCGGUCUCGCCAAGGAAGCCAAGCUGGUCCUGCUGGCUCGUCGCAACUCCCUCCGCUCCACUGCACCCGCUCCCGCCACGACGACGAGCGAGACCUCGGCGAAAGCCCUUGCCUACGCCCAGGCGCAAGAGACGUACCAAGAAGCGUUGAAGCUGUUGCAAGAUCCGAUCCUGCCUGUGCGCGCGCACGGCUUGGUUCUUCUGCGUCGCCUGGUAUCGGACGACCCCAAGGCGGGUGGGCAGCAUGUCGUAAGGGUCGAUCCGGCGCUCAUCCCCGCGAUUCUGGACAUCUUCCUGCACGCGGUGGAGGACGAAGAGUCCUACCUCUACCUCAACGCUGUGCAAGGACUUGCGGCUUUGACCUCCAGCGGGGGUGCCCAACCCAUCGCCCGCCUGGUCGGCAUCUACAUCGGUCGGGAUGACGGGCUUGCAUCGCAAGGCCUGGCGGCGCGGGAGGUGGAAAAGCGGCUGCGGGUGGGCGAAGCGUUGCUCCAAGUGAUCCAGCGGUGUGGCGAUGCGAUGGUUGCGCAUUUCGAUGCAGUGGUGCCGCCGUUGUUGGUCAAGCUGCGCGAUCGGGCGCUGCCGAAUGUGUUGCGGUCGUCGUUUGUUUCAAUCUUGGGCACGGUAAUCGAAGCGGCACCGAUGGCGAUGGCGAGAAAGGGAUAUGCGGGGCAGCUCGCCGAGGUGUGCAUCGACAUUGUGGUGAUCGAGAUGGUGCACCGGCCGAAUGCUGGCAAAGAGACGGUCAAGAUGAAUGUACAGGGCAAGCGCGUGGAUGCCAACGACGAGGAGAAGGAGCAGAAAAGAGCGGAGGAACAGAAGAAGCUGGAUAGUGCAACGACUAGCGAUGCGAAAGUGGCGCAUUUGCGUCGUGCUGCGAUGCUGCUGCUCACGCUGCUUGUGCGCGGGACGAGGUUUCAGCUGGAAGAGCAGGAUAGCAGUGCAAGCGGAGGGAGGUUGGUGGAGAAGCUUUCGGCGCUGCGGCUUCCAGGAGGCGGAAUCUUGCCUUCGGUUGCUGCGUCGGGCGAAGGGGAGGCGCCAAAGACGGAGCGGCUGCAGAAGAAGGACUUGCUCUUCCCACCGCAGCUUCUGGACCGACUCAAGCAGGUGGCUGCCUACGUGGAAGCCGGCGAUACCGACUCCAUCGUGCGUACGCAUGCGCACGACUGUAUCGAGCACGUUGACGCCCUCUCGCUCGACCUUGUCCAGUCUGGGCUCUUCCUCGCUCGCUGA